UAGAUUACAUGCUAACAUUUUCAAAUCAUCAAUCUGAUUUGUCCGAGCUGUCAGUGUAACUUCCUGUGUCCUGCGCCGAAUCUUCUUCUGACUCCGCCCUUUGUUCAGCUGGCUGGGUUUUUUCACGGAGCGACUCUCAAAACAGACGAUGGCUGUUCCGCCUGUAUAUGCCGACCUUGGCAAGCCAGCUAAAGAUGUCUUCACCAAGGGUUAUGGGUUUGGCCUUAUCAAGCUGGAUUUGAAAACCAAGGCAGAGAAUGGCCUGGAGUUCACUAGCUCUGGAUCAGCCAACACAGAGACCAGCAAAGUGACAGGAGCUCUGCAGACAAAGUACAAGUGGGCAGAGCACGGGCUGACCUUUAAUGAGAAGUGGAACACAGACAAUACCCUGAGCACAGAGAUCACGCUGGAAGAUCAGCUGGUUAAAGGACUGAAACUGACCAUUGACUCUUCCUUCUCGCCAAUCACAGGCAAGAAGAGCGGCAAGAUGCUGGCCGGUUACAGCCGAGAGCAGCUCAACGUCGGCUGCGACGUUCACUACGACAUCAACGGCAUCGCCGUGCACGGCGCGGCGGUCGUCGGGUUCGAGGGGUGGCUGGCCGGGUACCAGAUGACCUUCGAAGCCGGGAAAAACAGAAUCACUCAGAGCAACUUUGCUGUGGGCUACAGGACAGAUGAGUUUCAGCUGCACACCAGUGUGAACGAUGGUACAGAGUUUGGAGGCUCCAUCUACCAGAAAGUGAACGAUAAGCUGGAGACAGGAGUCAACCUGGCCUGGACGGCAGGGAACAGCAACACGCGAUUCGGCAUCGCGGCCAAAUACCACGUUGACGCUGACGCCUCCUUCUCGGCCAAAGUCAACAAUUCUAGCCUGGUGGGCCUGGGCUACACUCAAGCUCUGAAACCUGGAGUCAAGCUGAGUCUCUCUGCUCUUCUGGAUGGGAGGAACAUUGCCUCUGGGGGCCACAAGCUGGGGCUGGGGCUGGAGUUUGAGGCUUAGGAAGAUGGAGCAACACAAUCCUGACUUAAAUAAUUAAUUCAGUAACCAUGCAGCCUCAUGUUUCCCUUGUAUGUUCACCACCGGGGAUGCAGGUGUUGUCUUGUCAAAAGUAUGUGAAAGGAUCUGCCAGUGUACAACUGAAAAAAAGAACACUAAUUUGCUCUGGGAAUUUGGCCCUAAGUAUGAGUCAUUUUUGGAGACAGGAAAAAGUACUUGGCAGGUGAUGAUCAGACUUAUGUAAAGUAGUGUAACCGUAGUUCGUAGAAAGUGUUUUGAAAUUGUGAAAAUCCAAUGUCAUUCCUAUCCAAUUUGAACACCGUUUUAUUUAUUUUUGUACUGUAAGUAAUGAAGAGGCUUAGACAAAAGGUAUUCCUCCCAUGUGAAUACUUACUGCACACUGUCCAGUAGGUGGAGCUGUUUCUUCUGCACAACACACCAGGGAUGUUGGGCCUGAAUUGUAAUAAUGCUCCUUUCCCAUGAUUGAUACACAGAGGUAGAGAGACACUGCUGACAUUUCUGUCAUUCUUCCAUCAUGCCUUGACUUUCUAGAGGUGAUGUCACUUAAGUAACUUUUCAGCAAUAGCAGUUUUACCCAAGUGAUUUGCUGGCUGUCAGAUUUGUUUUGUUAUGUUCCUUCUUUGCUUGUUAAUUAACACUAACAACAAUUAGUGUUUGUUAGCUGGUUGCUAGGAUUGCCAGGCAACAACGUUUGACAGUUGGAAACUAACAAGAGCCUUAAAGGCAUUAUGAGUGAACGACAGAGGUGCCUGCAGGCUGGCUUCAGGUGGUUGGGUAUUAGAUCAGGUCUUUCUGCAGCUGCUGUUCUCAAAGACACUAAACCCCUUUUGGUUCAUUAAGGCAUUUGAGUGUAUUGUUUUGCGUCUUGUCUUCAAUUACAUGUGGCUAGAUAUCUUACACACAAACACCCCCCCCCCCCAUUAUCAAUGAGGAAUGGGGGCCAGACCUCUGUCAGGUUUGUGGAACAGCAAUAAAAUGCUCAGUUUUA